AUGAAGGUGGUCCUCAAAGGUGGUCCUCAAUGGUGGUCCUCAAAGGUGGUCCUCAAAGGUGGUCCUCAAAGGUGGUCCUCAAAGGCGGUCCUCAAAGGUGGUCCUCAAUGGUGGUCCUCAAAGGCGGUCCUCAAAGGCGGUCCAGACAGCUUCCACCAGAUCAGGUGGAGUUUCAGUGAUCUGAAAAGAAGACACCUAGCAUCAAAAUCUAAUCAUGGGGACCCAACCUGGAGAAGAAACCAAACUAGAGAUCGACUCCGUGCUCAGAUUCGAAAGAAGGAAUCUUUGGCAGACCAGUUUGACUUCAAGAUCUACAUAGCCUUUGUGUUCAAGGACAAGAAGAAGAAGUCUGCGCUGUUCGAGGUAGCUGAAGUGGUACCAGUGAUGACCAACAACUAUGAAGACAAUAUCCUGAAAGGUGUGCAGGCUUCCAGCUACUCCCUCCAGAGUUCCAUGGAACUUCUGCAGAAAGAUGUCGUGCAGUUGCACGCCCCACGCUACCAAUCAAUGCGCAGGGAUGUCAUAGGAUGCACCCAGGAGAUGGACUUCAUCCUGUGGCCGCGCAACGACAUAGAGAAGAUAGUCUGUCUCUUGUUCUCCAGAUGGAAGGCUGAGGAAGAACCCUUCAGGCCUGUUCAGGCCAAGUUUGAGUUUCAUCAUGGAGACUACGAGAAGCAGUUGUUGCAUGCUGUCGGCCGGAGGGACAAGGCUGGAAUGGUUAUGAACAACCCAACUCAGUCGGUCUUCCUCUUUAUGGACCGACAGCACUUACAGACUCCUAAAACCAAGGCCACAGUUUUUAAGUUGUGCAGCCUUUGCCUGUACCUGCCCCAGGACCAGCUAACGUGCUGGGGCGUUGGAGACAUCGAAGACCAUCUCCUCCCGUACAUGCCCGACUAGGCCCAGCCGGCCUCCAUGGCUUCCACCCACAACACAAGGAAGACUUAACCCCUCAGCCACUGAAGCAAGUUGAUCUCAUCCACCACACAUCCUUCCUUCCAUUGAAUAGAACUGCUGCUUGGGUCUCUUGUUUGUUAGUUUCCAUCGUCCUGAAGCUAAUUUAAAAAAUAAAUAAAAAUCUGUAUUUGUUUUUCCUUACCUACCAAGCUUCCUCCUCCUAGCAGUUUUGGAUUGGUUCUACCUUUUAUCCGCCCUCCCUCCACCAUCCAUCUUGUUUUUUCUGUUUAUUUUGAACCUGCACGAACAUUGAUUUUGAGCGGUUGGUUAUCCCCCCCAUGGAGCUGCACUGUCAACGACACAGAGCUGAAGGAACUCCUCAUGUUGCUACCAAGCAGGAACUAAAGCCACACAUGUUGUUUUAUAUGAUGUUCACAAGGGGUCUCUGUCUUUGCUGGGCACUUUGUAAACCAUGUCGUAACAGAUUGGAAAAGCUUGUAUCAUUUCAAAAGCUUGGGUUAGAGGAGAACAUACCUGGGGAGGAAGAGGGAGGGAGGGAGGGAGGGAGGACUAGCUACCAUCUAUGACGGGUCAGCGUUAAAACGUCCCCUGUAAAGCAAAGAUAAAGGGUGAAGGAGUGUUUGGUAAAUCAUUUGGUGUAGGUAUUUACAUCUCUCUUUUUUCUUUCUUUUUAAGCCACCCUUGUUUAAUGUUGGCCGGUUAUUUUCUUUCUGGGUUCAUUUCCUUUUCCUGUGAAAAUAUGCCAGGAACACCAUUGGUCUGAUCUGGAGUAUAUAGUUGGGAACCGAUGGGAGGAAGUUGUCAGACAGACUAGACUGUAUUGUGAAUCGUAUGGUGUUUUAUUGUGUUGAAGGUUGUUACCACGCAAAGCCAUUCAAGCUACUGAAAUGUGAUGUUUGUUUCCGGGCGGGGGUUGGCAUGGGGGCUGUUUGCAGAAUGAAUGUACCGAACAACGGACCAGGUUGUUGAGUUGAAAUGGGACCGUGACAUGUCUAUGUUCCUUUAAUUGCUUAUAAAAUGUAAAAUGGGGGGGGUUGUUUUGUUGUUGCUUGCUUCGCUGGGGGGAAAAUAAGGCACAAAUCAGUCAGUACAUUUAAUUGAGGGUUUUCUUUGUUGAUUCAAUAUGUUUGAUUUAAAAGGUUAUUUGAGUCUAUUUUUCCUUUCUUUUUAAUUUUUUUUUUUUUUUUAAAUGCAUCUAGAAAUCAACUUGGCUGAACAAAUCCCAAUACAAUGUAACAUUUGACCAUA